AUGUCCGACGUAGCUUCUCUGGAGGCUGAGGUCAAGGAAUUCAAGAUCCAGCUGGAAACCGUCCAGUCCAGCUUGCAGGUAGAACCCGAUAACACGGAACUUCAGAGCCUCAGAACUGAACUCGAAGAACUCAUAACCCUCACCGAAACGGCAAUCGCCGAGCUCAAACCAUCUGCGCCCACAUCGAAACCUGCUCCAGAACCUUUCAGGGAGUCAUGGUCGUCGAAGGAUACAGUGACGGGGUCGCGCAAGCCUCAGUCAACCGCCGAGCACAACCGGGGAGAGGUCGGGCCACCGACGCCCGCCACCUUCUCCAUCAAUGAUAACGUUCUGGCCCGUUGGAUAUCGGGCGACAACGCCUUUUACCCGGCUCGCAUUACGUCGAUCACUGGAUCCUCUAGCAACCCGGUGUAUCUCGUCUCGUUCAAGUCUUACGGGACCGUCGAGAAUUUGACGGCCAAGGAUAUCCGCCCCAUCGCGGGCACUGACUCUCGCAAGCGCAAGGCUGAUGGAACCUCAGGCAGUUCGGCAUCACCUUCCCCCGCCCCGCCAUCUACCGCACAUCCCAAUGUGAUCUCGGCGGCGGCCGAAAUCAACCCCGCUCUGGCCAACCAGGCUCGCAUGGAACCCAGCAAGGUGGGAGAUGGACCAGCACGUCCCGCCAAAGUGCCGCGGAAGGUCAAGGCCAACAAAGAGCUGGAGGCGGGUAAGAUGAAGUGGAAGGAUUUCGCCGCCAAGGGCAAGGGCAAGAACAAGUUUGGCAAGAAAGACAGCAUGUUUCGUACUGGUGAUGGAGUCAAUGCGCGAGUGGGGUUCACAGGGUCUGGCCAGCAAAUGCGGAAAGACCCAACCCGUACCCGCCACAUCUAUCAGCAGGCUGAAGAUGAGGGCUAUUGA